AUGUCCGGAGUGAAGAAGCCUCGCACGAACCUCAACAGGUCUACCAAUGUGGUCUACCAGGCCCAUCAUGUCAGUCGUAGCAAGCGGGGCCAGGUCGUCGGCACCAGGGGAGGCUUCAGAGGGUGCACAAUCUGGCUCACAGGUUUAUCCGGGGCAGGAAAAACGACUAUCAGCUUUGCCCUUGAAGAAUUCCUGGUGUCUCACGCCAUCCCUUGUUACUCGCUGGACGGCGACAACAUCCGUCACGGCCUGAACAAGAACUUGGGCUUCUCCGUCGUGGACCGCGAGGAGAACAUUCGCCGCGUUGCCGAGGUGGCCCGACUCUUUGCCGAUGCCGGAUUAGUUUGCGUCACCAGUUUUAUUUCCCCCUUUGCCAAGGAUCGUAACGAGGCGCGGAAAAUCCAUGUGAGCGCCGGGCUCCCCUUUUUCGAGGUGUUCAUCCACGCUCCCUUGGAGGUUUGUGAGAGGCGAGAUGUCAAAGGGCUCUACAAGAAAGCUCGAGCCGGCGAGAUCAAAGGCUUCACCGGGAUCGACUCCGAAUAUGAGCGCCCCGAGGCGGCGGAGCUGGUGCUGAAAACUGGAGAGCUGUCGGUGAACGAGUGCCUUCAACAAGUGCUGGAAAUGCUCCGAGAGCAGAACAUUGUGCCAGGUGAGAUCAUGGAAGAGGUGAACGAACUAUUCGUUCCAGAGAAUCGGCUGCAUCUGGCCGUGGCCGACGCUAGCACGCUGCCUACCAUCGCUAUCACCAAGUUGGACUUGCAGUGGGUUCAGAUUUUGUCUGAAGGUUGGGCCAGUCCUCUUAAAGGCUUCAUGAGAGAGCGGGAGUACCUCCAGGUUUUGCACUUUGGAAACCUUUUGGACGGUGGCGCAAUCAACAUGUCGGUCCCCAUCGUCCUGCCCGUCAGCACCGAGACCAAGCGAGAGUUGGACGGUUGCGCGGCAGUAGCGUUAGAAUACAGCGGCUCUCGGGUGGCCAUUUUGCGGAACCCAGAGUUCUACGAACACCGCAAGGAGGAGCGCUGUGCGAGACAGUGGGGGACCACGUGUCCGCAACACCCUUACAUCAAGAUGGUUCUGGAAGGUGGUGACUGGCUAGCCGGGGGUGACCUGGAGUUGCUGGAACCUAUCAAAUGGAAUGACGGACUGGACCAGUACCGCCUUACUCCGCGGGAGCUCAAGCAGAAGUUCAAAGACAUGAAAGCAGAUGCGGUUUUCGCAUUCCAGCUGCGCAACCCAGUCCACAACGGCCACGCCCUGCUGAUGCAGGACACCAAGAGGCGCCUUCUAGAGCGUGGCUACAAGAACCCGGUCCUCCUGCUGCACCCGCUGGGUGGUUGGACCAAAGAUGAUGAUGUGCCGCUGCACUGGCGCAUGAAGCAGCACGCGGCCGUCUUGGAUGAGGGUAUCCUUGACCCGGCCAGCACCGUGGUGGCCAUCUUUCCCUCGCCCAUGAUGUACGCUGGACCCACGGAGGUACAAUGGCACUGUAGGGCCCGCAUGAUAGCAGGGGCCAACUUCUACAUCGUGGGCCGGGACCCCGCAGGCAUGCCGCACCCGCAGACUAAGCUGGACCUUUACGAAGCCACGCACGGCGGCAAAGUGCUCGCCAUGGCGCCGGGCCUUACCUCAGUGGAGAUCAUCCCAUUCAGGGUGGCCGCCUACAACAAGUCCAAAAAGGCCAUGGACUUUUUCCAGCCGGAGCGCAAAUCCGACUUUGAGUUCAUCUCCGGAACCAAGAUGAGAAACUUGGCCCGCAGCGGCGAGAACCCACCGGACGGCUUCAUGGCCCCCAAAGCUUGGAAAGUUCUGGUGGAUUACUACAACUCCCUUCAAAAGGACAAGUAA